GCUACUGAUAGUCGUGACAUUCACUUCAGAAAUCCAUUUUCCGAAACUUAUUCAAUACAACAUUUUGAUACAAAAACGCCUGAUUAUGGACGUCCUCCAAAAGGAUCAAAAACAGAAGCCCGGGGAAUAAAAGCAGGCGUUCACGUGAUGAGGGAGGUUUUGUUUUUGAUGGAAACAAUUAAUGACUAUGCCUUAGUCGGGAUGCUCAUUCGAGCACGAAAAUAUGGUUUGGUGGAUUUUGACGGCGAAAUGUUGUAUCAGCGACAGGACGAUGACAAAAUAAUCAAAAUGCUGAAGCCAAUUAUUGAGAUACGAACGAUGGUGCAGUCAUCAAAUGACCCAGUCAAUUGUAUUUCAAUUGCGAAAUAA